GAUCGCGGUGGAUGGGAGGGGUGUUUCCAAGGCUGCUAACUUAGAAGGGGCGUGUGUGUGUGAAAGCGAGCGAGCAUGGCUGGGGCACCUUAGGAACUCCCCUCCGUCAUUUCAGAUCGAGGCGGAGGGAAAAGGUGUGAGGUGGGGACGGAGAAGCUGGGUUUAGGAUUUCAAACGCCUCAUCUCGACGGCGAUCAUCGGCUUCAGGAUUAGCAUAUGUCAGGGGGGAAAACCAGCCCGACGUGUAUAUAUAGAGGAGCGAGAGAGAUUCCCCCACGCACGGGGUGGUUGCGCUCUUGAGAGCGCCUCGCUCGGAUCCCGGCACUUUCCCCCGAAGGCACCACGAGCCAGCAGCAGCAGCAGCACCGACUGUGGAUGUUUAUGCAAAGCCCAGCACAGUCCCGCCACCCUCAUGCCCAGGGAGAAAGGAGAUACUCCCAAGACAGGCAGCUGCUAUCUUGAUGCGGAGUCCGGCCUCCGGGAGAGUCUCCGGCACCAGCUUUGAGCACUGAGAUCGGACUCUGGAGAGUCUCUCUCGCUCUCCCCCCGGCCCCAUAUAUCUUUCCACCACCAUCCUCAUCCUCAGUUCCUUCGUCGCUCUCCCCUUCCUCCUCCCUCCCGUCAGCCCGGUCGGACUCCUUCAUGGCUCCUUUAGCCGAAGUUGGGGGCUUCCUAGGCGGCCUGGAGGGCUUGGGCCAGCAGGUGGGCUCCCAUUUCCUCCUGCCUCCGUCUGGGGAGAGGCCGCCUCUGCUUGGCGAUCGUCUGGCCCAGGCCGAGAGGGGGGCCCGAGGGGGCGCCGCGGCCGGGGCCACGGAUUUAGCCCACUUGCAGGGCAUCCUACGCCGGAGACAGCUCUACUGCAGGACCGGCUUCCACCUUCAGAUCCUCCCCGACGGCAGUGUGCAAGGCACUAGGCAAGACCACAGCCUCUUCGGUAUCCUUGAAUUCAUCAGUGUGGCAGUGGGAUUAGUCAGUAUUCGAGGGGUGGACAGUGGCCUUUACCUUGGAAUGAAUGAGAAAGGAGAACUUUAUGGCUCUGAGAAGCUCACUCCUGAAUGUGUCUUCAGAGAACAGUUUGAAGAGAACUGGUAUAACACUUACUCCUCCAAUGUGUACAAGCAUGGAGACUCUGGCCGACGGUACUUUGUGGCGCUAAACAAAGAUGGCAGCCCUCGAGAUGGGGCAAGGUCCAAAAGACAUCAGAAGUUCACCCAUUUCUUGCCCAGGCCAGUGGAUCCAGAAAGAGUGCCUGAGCUCUACAAGGAUGUGUUAGUAUUCACCUGAAGUCGAACACGGGAGGGGAAUGGAAUCUUAGCCUCAACGGUACCGAAAGCAUGAAGAACCUCUGAAUGCUUGGGAGUUGCUGAGAUCUAGGAAGCUGGGUGUCAGAGAAGUUGUUUAGUGGUAGACAAGCCCUUCAUUGCCUAAAGUCUGGAUUUAGGAAAGUGGGCCUUGAAGCCAAGAGGGCCAAAUCUCUUUUAGGUUUGCUCGCCCUUGUGCUUGGUCAAGUAGACAUGGAGAAGUUGGAACUGGACUUAAACCAGACUGCUCUGGAUUACUUCCUGCCUUAGAGUGCGGAUAGCUAUCUAAGGCAUGUGGAGGUAGAUUGUUGGAAGCUAGAAGAAAUGACAAAAAAGAGAAGAAUGAGUGACAAACCAAGUGGGGAAAGCACACCCAUGUGGAUUGUGAACAUGACGUUAUGGUGACAACGCUAAUCUGGCAAGUGAAAUCCGGAUUUAUUUUUCCCUUCAGGAUGGACCUAAUUUAUAGACUUUCAGAGUGCAAAUAUUUAUUUUAAAUAUUUAUUUAUUACAGAGUUUAUUUUUUACUGGGCUAUGAAGACAGUACUACCCUUUACCCAUUUAUGGUGCCAAUAUUUACUCCAACGUAGUAUCAAAAAAAGGGAUGUUGCAUCCCUAAACAGUGCAAAUGGAGUAACAUCUCUGGAAUAUCAUUGUUAGAAGAUAAUAAACUUGGGUUAUAUUUUUAUGCACACACCAUUGCCUUACACAGGAACAGAUGUUGGUUGCCUUGUGACCUAUGGGACUGCCCCCUAUAUUUGUACUGAAUUUUAAAAAAUGCACAUUUAAAAGGGAAUUAAAGAUAAACUUCCAUCUA